AUGCAACUUGAUUGCACGAGGUUGCAUUCAUCAAGAAAUUGCAUUCCAGUAAAUUGUCCUCUUGGCAAUUUGAAGCAUUACUGCCGAGCGAAGCUAAUGACGGGUUAACAACGUUUAAACGUGCAUUGUGGUUAUCAAUUUAUUACGACGAACGCUUCACUGUGUGGACCGAAGAGAACGAAAGAGAAGAUAUACGAAUGUCGCAACUAACAGCACGUGUCUGGAAAUCAUAAGCCCGCCGGAAUCGAAGGGCGUGCAUCUGUUUGAGCCUUGGUGCUAAAAUCCAGUAUUCCAUCAAACGAACGAUUGAAAAACCAAACACUCGCUGCACUACAGCGCAAGAUAUAGAAGCCCAGACUGUAGUAAAACUGUUUCUCAUCGUUACAAUACUUUGAAGGUUGUUCGGAGCAUCGCAAAAAAGGCAAUCUUUAACAGCAUAGGAGAGUUUAUUGUGAUUCUGCUCAAACGAAUGACGAAGUGGGAGAAAAACGCCUGACACGCAAAGUCUCGUUAAGCAAACAGAAGCAAUCUUACGAAAAGUGCAAUAGCAUCGAAAGUGAAAGCAAGAAAAAAUAUUAGUGAUAAGCGAAAAAUGCGAAAAAUGUGCCAACCAAGCUGCCAAAAUAGAAUCAGAGAAAGUGCUUAAAUUAAGGUUUCAGAAGAUUUUCUUCGUUUUUCUUGCUGGGAAAAGAAGAGAGAAGAUUCAUGUAUACAAGUGCAUAACGAACCUGCUGUGAAAAUCAUCCCACCCAUUCUGACGGUUAUCAACGUGCUUCCAAGAUGACCCUGCCAGACACACUAAAUCCCGGCCCGGAGGUCGUCGAUCAGCUGCGGCAGAUGUUUAAGCAAAAAAUGGAGCAACAUGCAGCGAAAAUCCCUCCUGGAGGAUUUCACGAGCGAGAUAUGAACAAAAUCAUGGCGAAUGACAUAUGGUUGACAAAAUUUUUGGAGAACAAUGAUCUCGAUAUGAAGAAAUCCCUCGAUCAACUGUGGGAUACGUGCAUUUGGCGAAAGACUGCCAAUAUCAACGACAUCAGCGAAGACAACAUUCGGUUAGACUACAUCCAAGAUGGUAUCAUGUUUGCCCGGGGGAAGGACCUAGAUGGAAAAACGGUGUUCAUUUUUCGGUCCAGACUGUAUACACGGGGCUCGCGAGAUUUAGACGAAAUGAAACGGGUGUUCCUGUACUGGUUGGAACGUUGCAUACGGGAAGCUAAUGACGACUACAUUACCUUCAUGUUCGAACUUACCGACGCCGGGUUGAGUAAUGUUGAUAUGGACUUUACAAAGUACAUAAUAACGACGCUGAAGAGCUACUAUCCUUACUCGUUGAAUUACAUCUUAGUUUAUGAUCUUCCAUGGAUACUUAAUGCUACAUUCCAAAUCAUCAAAAGACUACUUCCCGCCAAGGCCGUUGAUAGAUUGAAGAAUAUCAACAACAAAAAUAUUCGGGAUUAUAUCGACGAAGACAAUAUGCUGGUGCCAUGGGGUGGCAAGGACGAUUACGAGUUCCAAUUCAAACCUGAGCAACGUCGACCGGAGCCAUCGCUACUUAACAACAACAAUAACUUCACCAACCUCAAUAACAAUAACAUCAAAAAGGUUCACUUUGCCAAUCUUAACCCAGCCGAGUCUCCUAUGAACGAAUCGACGAAAAUCAACCACGAAAACACAGACGGAGAAAUGUUACGAAUAAUUCCUCAGAAUAAUAUUGUAUUCACAAAAUCCGGAAACGAACUGGUUGGAAAUGUCGAGAUCAUCAACAUUAGUAAAGAACCUAUUACAUAUAAGAUCAAAACGACUGCUCCGGAAAAGUUUCGGGUACGGCCAAGUACUGGAGUCUUGUCUCCGGAAGGCUAUGUCACUAUCAAUGUAGUGCUGCAGCAUGGUCAACAGGUCAUGGCCCUAAAUAGAGAAAAGUUCUUGGUAAUGUGCAUGGCAUUCAAACAGGACUUGUCCACAAGUUCGCAAGAGUUGACUGAUCUGUGGAAGAACGUAUCUGCGAGCAGUGCCUCUGUAGAACAACAUCGACUCAAGUGUUCCAUGCCUGCUGUCCUUGAUGAUGGUAGUUUGCGGAACGGACUACCUUUGCAUACUGGCACAGGAGCCGGCGAUACGUUAGGCCUCGGAACGGCUGAUAGAGCUGAUAUCUUCCAUUUCCAGCAGGUCAUGGCUCAGUUGAACGAAACGACCCAACGGCUUGAAACGCAAGCUAAGCACAAUCAGAGGACGCAAAUCAUUUCAAUCUUUGUGUUCUUGCUGCUCUCCAUAGCCAUUGUGUACAUUCUUAAGGCGGAGAUCAAAAACUCUGUCGGGCAGUAUCAUUAGGAAUAGUCAGGCUGGGGUGAAUAUCGCUCGAUGCGAAAUGCAUUGUUGGGUGCAGUUUUUAUAUCUUAAACUAUAGCAUGCCUAUUUUUCCUGGAUCGUCAUUUGGACCGUAGGCGAAUCGGCAAACUUUGUUCUAUGUAGCAGAAUACUGUCUUGUGAAACUUAAGUGCAUGCCAGAUUAAUUGUAUCGAAUAUUUUUUUUUCAUUUAUUAUAACUUACCUCUGUUCAUUUAUUCUAUCAUAACAAUUGCAUGCUAUGGUUGGUAAUGCCCUGUCAAACAUUGGGUUCGUUGUACAAAAUAUUUUGAUGCUUUUUAAUUUAUUAUCAUAAGAUAUUUUAGGUUACUCAAUAUAAAUGUUUAGCGAGUUUUCGGAAUGUAUCAUUUGAUAUCACAAUAAAAUGCCUAGCAUCCAAAA